AUGCAAAAAUUAUUCUCGUUUGCGGUACUAAUUCGUAUUAUAACAAAAUUUUAUGCUCACGAUUGGUUAUCAAAAAGACCUGAAUUGGUUGUAGCGCAUAAUUCAUAUCGUCGACUUGUUGAUGGUGUUCAGAUGCGUCUUGAUGGAUUCUCACCUUAUGAUGGCGAUAUGCUUCAUUGUGCCCCAAUGCUUCUCGAUGUGAUGAAACCGUUUAUUGAUCAUCCAAACGUUGUUUUCACUAUUUUCGUCAUAUUCGAUUUUAUCAUCGCCGAAUUGUUGCGUAUGACCGCAUCGAUUUAUCUGAAAAGCAAUGAAACAGAUAAGCCCUCGGAGCACUGUCGCAUUUGUAAUCUCGUCAUGAAACUCUUAAGUGCACCAGAUUUCACGCCGAAUGUUGGCAUCUUUUGGUAUUUCUUCACCGAAGUGUUCAAUCAUUUUCGUUUAUUCUUUUUAUGGGUUUUUCAGUUGAACGUAUUCGUUUAUCUGUUUCCUUUGACAUUAACAUUGCGGUCGAAUGCAUUUCUCUUGUUGCAUCAAUUCUUGAUUUUGUUAUCCGUGUUCGCGUCUUAUCCAACGAUGACCGACAGUGCAAUCUAUUUAAGUCUUUUGCCAAUCUUCCUAUCUCUUCAUAAAUAUGCGCGUUGGACAUUGGUGAUUGCCGUGACUUGGGCCACUUGCGUUGUACUUUUACCGGUAAUGUGGCGGAUGUGGAUUGUUUCUGGAUCCGGGAAUGCAAAUUUUUAUUUUGCGGUCACUCUUUGCUAUAGUAUGGCCCAGAUAUUCUUGAUGACCGACCUGAUCUAUUCGAAUCUUCGAAAGAAAGCAACUAUGGAAAGAGGCAGUAUUGCGCAGACUGAUACUGCUGUGUUUGUGUUUAAAUAG